UGGGAAAUGUAGUCCCUGGCUGUGCCCCGGGGCCGGGCCGCGGUGUUCCACACCGCCAGCAGCGCUGACAGCUCUAGAGGGUGUGUCUGCUCAGCGGGGGCCCAGCAUGGACCAGUCUGUGGCCAUCCAGGAGACCCUGGCUGAGGGGGAGUACUGCCUCAUCGCGGUGCAAGGUGUGCUGUGUGAGGGGGACAGCAGGCAGAGCCGCCUCCUGGGACUCGUGCGCUACCGCCUGGAGCAUGGUGGCCAGGAACACGCCCUCUUCAUGUAUACACACCGGAGGAUGGCCAUCACCGGGGACGACGUCUCCUUGGACCAAAUAGUGCCGAUCUCGCGAGAUUUCACGCUGGAAGAAGUUUCCCGGGAAGGUGAACUCUACAUUCUCGGCUCAGAUGUCACUGUCCAGCUGGACACAGCAGAGCUCAGCCUGGUAUUCCAGCUCCCCUUUGGUUCACAUACCAGAACAUUCCUCCAGGAAGUCGCCAGGGCCUGUCCAGGCUUCGACCCCUCUACCCAGGAUCCUGAGUUCCUGUGGCUGUCUCGAUACAGGUGCUCCGAGCGGGAGACGGAGCCGACCACCCGCCUGGGUUGGAACUCGGCCCCAGGCACCUGGCCAGGGUGCGCCAGAAUUGGCGGAGGCAGGUAUCGGUCUCAGAAGGCGCGAAGGGGAUUGGAGAAAGCCCGGCCUCAGGGCGGGCUCUGUUCUGUUUUGGGCGUGGCUAUGCGGCAGACCGGCCUUCGAUUGGCGGAGGUGGCACGCAGGGGCGGAGAAGACGGGGCGGGGCGGCGCGGGCGGCGUGAUGAAGAGCUUGAGGAAGCUGGCAGGGAAAUGUCUGCUGCCGCCGGCUCUCGGGAGCGCGACUCUGCAGGUGGUCCUUCCUUUGAGGAUUCGAGGCCAAAUGGGAAGGGCCUGCUCGUGGACCAAAGUUCCUGGAGUCAGGAUAAACCAGAAAACUUGCUCCCAAGACAGAAUAAAUCCAAAUCUGAAAUAACCGACAUGGUUCGCUCCUCCACUAUCACAGUAGCAGACAAGGCUCAUAUUUUAUCAAUGCGGAAGUUUGGACUGCGAGAUACAAUUGUGAAAUCACAUCUAAUACAGAAAGAAGAGGACUAUACCUAUAUCCAGAACUUUAGGUUCUUUGUGGGAACAUACAAUGUGAAUGGACAGUCCCCCAAGGAGUGCCUCCAGCCCUGGCUCAGCCAUGGUGUCCAGGCCCCAGAUGUGUACUGUGUGGGGUUCCAGGAGCUUGAUCUGAGUAAGGAAGCCUUUUUCUUCCAUGAUACCCCAAAGGAGGAGGAGUGGUUUAAAGCUGUAUCUGAAGGUCUUUAUCCGGGCACCAAAUAUGCCAAGGUGAAGCUCAUCCGACUGGUUGGGAUUAUGCUCCUGUUAUACGUCAAACAGGAACAUGCAGAGUACAUCUCAGAAGUGGAAGCUGAGACAGUGGGGACGGGGAUCAUGGGGAGGAUGGGUAACAAAGGGGGCGUGGCGAUCCGGUUCCGGUUUCACAACACCAGUAUCUGCGUUGUGAACUCCCACCUGGCAGCCCACACGGAGGAAUACGAGAGAAGGAACCAGGACUACAAGGACAUUUGUUCCCGAAUGCAGUUUUGUCAGGUGGACCCAAGCCUCCCCCCUCUCACCAUCAGCAAGCACGAUGUGAUCUUGUGGCUGGGGGACCUCAACUACAGGAUAGAAGAGCUGGAUGUGGAAAAAGUGAAAAAGCUCAUCGAAGAGAAGGCCUUUCAAACCCUGUAUGCGUAUGACCAGCUGAGAGCUCAGGUGGCUGCAAAGGCUGUCUUUGAAGGCUUCAGCGAGGGUGAGCUCACGUUCCAGCCCACCUAUAAGUAUGAUACUGGCUCCGAUGACUGGGAUACCAGUGAGAAGUGUCGUGCUCCCGCCUGGUGUGACCGGGUCCUCUGGAAAGGGAAGAACAUCACUCAGCUGAGCUACCAGAGCCACAUGGCCCUGAAGACCAGUGACCACAAGCCCGUCAGCUCAGUGUUCGACAUCGGAGUGAGAGUCGUAAAUGAAGAGCUUUAUCGGAAGACUCUGGAGGAGAUUGUUCGCUCCCUGGAUAAGCUGGAAAAUGCCAACAUCCCUUCUGUGUCCCUGUCCAGGCGAGAGUUCUGUUUUCAGAAUGUGAAGUUCAUGCAACUCCAAGUAGAGUCCUUUACCAUUCAGAAUGGACCAGUGCCGUGUCAAUUUGAAUUCAUCAACAAGCCUGAUGAAGAGUCUUACUGUAAGAGGUGGCUGAACGCCAACCCCAGCCGAGGGUUCCUCCUGCCGGAUUCUAUCAUUAAGAUUGAAUUGGAACUAUUUGUAAAUAAGACCACAGCGACCAAGCUCAACUCGGGUGAAGACAAAAUCGAGGACAUUCUGGUUCUGCACUUGGAUAGGGGAAAGGACUACUUUUUGUCUGUGUCUGGGAACUACAUGCCCAGCUGUUUUGGAUCGCCCAUUCACACCCUGUGCUACAUGAAGGAGCCCAUCUUGGACCUGCCCCUAGAAACUAUUAGACACCUGACUUUAAUGCAACUACAGACUGAAGAUGAUGGGAGCCAUUUGGAGAAACCCAUGGAUAUCCCCAAAGAGCUCUGGAUGAUGGUUGAUUACCUGUACCGAAACGCCAUCCAGCAGGAAGAUCUGUUUCAGCAGCCAGGCCUGCGCUUGGAAUUUGAACACAUCAGGGACUGUUUGGAUACUGGGACAAUUGAUCACCUCUCUGCUAGCAAUCAUUCCGUAGCCGAAGCCCUGCUGCUUUUCCUGGAGAGCCUGCCAGAGCCCGUCAUCUGUUACAGGGCCUACCGAAGCUGCUUGGAGUGUUCUGGCAACCUCACAGCAAGUAACCAGGUCAUCACUACUCUCCCCGCAUGCCACAGAAAUGUCUUCACCUAUCUGAUGGCGUUUUUGCAAGAACUGCUGAAAAAUUCAGCAAGAAAUCAUUUGGAUGGUAAUAUUCUAGCUAGCAUAUUUGGUAGCUUGCUGCUUCGAAGCCCAGCUGGUCACCAAAAGCUUGAAAUGGCAGAGAAGAAGAAGGCUCAAGAAUUUAUUCACCAGUUCCUCUGCAACUCACCCUGAGCCUCUUCAUCUCCUCUCCUAUUCUGCCUGGGGCAGCCAGUUACCAGCACCCCCUGUUUGAGCUCAAGAGCUGCCUUAAGAGGAUGUGAACCCCCUUAGACACAAAAGUGGCAGCUGCCUGUUUCUCGAGCCCAGACCGCCCUCCCCACCAUGGCUGUCACUCUCGGUGCUGCUGCAAGUUGUGAAGACACGGGGGGAAAUCCACCACAAUAAAACUGACAUUCAUUGUUCAACUUUAGUAAUGUAACAGAUAGAUCUCUAUUUUUUUUUUUUAAUGUUUAAACAACUGUACUUCAUGUGCUCAUUCUACCUGCCUCCAGGGCAUACAGUGCCUUCCCUGCAGCUUGGGCCCAGCUCCUCACAAUCAGAUAGCUGAACAAACUUUGGAGUCCGGAAGGAUAAAUGAGUUGGAUACAGGAAUGCAAACGGAAGCUGCUGGAUAAGCAGGUCACAGCCACACCAGAUGCCUCCAGCACUCUGUCUGAGGACAUGUGUGUAUACAUAUGCAAACCCUACCCCACUUCCAGCUCAAAUGUGGCUCACCUCUGGAGCUGGCCACUAAGCCUUUGAGGCCAAUACAAUGGCGUGAAAAUGAAAAUACUGAAGAAAUUGUUGUUCUGGUGAAACAAGUGGAAUUUUCUGGCCAACGAAUCCUCCAAACUGUAUAUAAUGCAUUCCCUCUCUCACAUGUGUAAUAUAUUUUAAUGAUAAAUAUAUUUUUAACAGUG